AUGGAAAAGAACUUGAUCAUCAACGUGACGUGCAAUCCACCUGUCAUUUUUAUUCUUGGUCCCGUGAGGGAAAGCACGAUUGAUAAGCUCAAUACUGUGCUUCCAGGCGCUUGCACAACGACAAACACGGGAAAGGCCGAGUUUGCGUUUGUACGAAAGGAAGAACCUCCGCAUUGGUACGGUGAACUUCAAACUCAUUUUGCCAGCGAAGAUAUUGGUCAAUCACAGCUCUUUGUCGCCUUACUCGAUGCAGUGGAGGAGGAGGGCAUGUGGAAGUUGUGUGGCUGCAACGCGAUCACUCACGACUUUGACAAGGUCACACAUAAGUUUUUAUUUGUUCGUGCAUAG